GAGAGCAUGGCCAGUUUCCACCUCCAAGGCUUCUGAGACCUUUGCCCAGCUCUAUUGAUCUUCACCCAUGGGCAGGCAGCGGGACAGUCAGUAGACGCCAUGACGGCUCUGUUGCUCCUGGGGUCCCUGCUGCUGAGCCUGGACUGGACACUUUCGGCUCCACCAUGGAAAGGCAUCAAGGAGUUCAAGCAUGGAGCUGAAGAGCCCACUGUGGUGUUCACUGUGGACGGGAAGCUCUGCCACUUCCCCUUCCAGCACCACCGCCGCCUGUACCACAAGUGCACCCACAAAGGCCGGCCCGGCCCCCGGCCCUGGUGUGCUACCACCCCCAACUUUGAUGAGGACCAGCAAUGGGGGUACUGCUUGGAACCCAAGAAAGUGAAAGACCACUGCAGCAAACACAGCCCCUGCCACAGAGGAGGGACAUGUGUGAACACCCCCAACGGCCCGCGCUGUCUUUGCCCCAAACACCUCACCGGAAAGCAUUGCCAGAGAGAAAAGUGCUUUGAGCCCCAGCUUCUCCAGUUCUUCCAUGAGAAUGAGAUGUGGCUCAGGGCUGGGCCGGCGGAGGUGGCCAGGUGCCAGUGCAAGGGUCCCGAGGCCCACUGCAAGCCGCUGGCCAGUCAGGCCUGCACCACCAGCCCGUGCCUGAACGGGGGCAGCUGCGCGCAGGUGGAGGGCCGCCCACUGUGCCGGUGCCCUACGGGCUACGCCGGACCGUUUUGCGACAUCGACACCAAGGCGACCUGCUACGACGGCAGGGGCCUGGGCUACCGCGGCCGGGCUGGGGCCACGCUGUCGGGGGCGCCGUGCCUGCCGUGGCCCUCGGAGGCCACCUACCGGAACGUGACGGCGGAGCGAGCGCUGAGCUGGGGCCUGGGACAGCACGCCUUCUGCCGGAACCCCGACGGCGACGCGCGCCCCUGGUGCUACGUGUGGAGCGGCGACCGGCUGGGCUGGGACUACUGCGACCUCCCGCGGUGCGCGGCCCCGACGCCGGCGCCGCCCCUCGAGCGGCAGGACCUCCCGGCGCCCCGGCCCACGCCCCCGGCGCCGCCCGCGGCCGGCGAGCUGGACCCGGAGGCGGGGGAGGGGGCCCCGGGCGGCCCGAGGCAGGCGUCCCGGCUCAGCCGGCCUCUCCCCGCGGCCUCGCCCCUGCCUCACACCCGGCCCGGCCCAGCGGGCUGCGGGCAGCGGUCCCGCAAGCGGCUGUCGUCGCUCGGCCGCGUGGUGGGCGGCCUGGUGGCCCUGCCAGGGUCACACCCCUACAUCGCUGCGCUGUACUGGGGCGAAAACUUCUGCGCCGGCAGCCUCAUCGACCCCUGCUGGGUGCUCACGGCCGCCCACUGCCUGCAGAGCCGGCCGGCGCCCGAGGAGCUGACGGUGGUGCUAGGUCAAGACCGCUGGAACCGGAGCUGCGAGGGGUGCCAGGCGCUGGCCGUGCGCUCCUACCGCCUGCACGAGGGCUUCUCCCCCGUCACCUACCAGCACGACCUGGCUCUGCUGCGGCUGCAGGGCAGCGCGGACGGCUGCGCCGUGCCGUCGCCUCACGUCCAGCCCGUGUGUCUGCCCGGCGGCGUGGCGCCCUCCGAGACGGCGCUCUGCGAGGUGGCCGGCUGGGGCCACCAGUUCGAGGGGGCGGAGGAGUACGCCACCUUCCUGCAGGAGGCGCAGGUGCCCUUCAUCUCCGCCGAGCGCUGCUCCAGCUCCGCCGUGCAUGGAGCCGCCAUCCUGCCCGGGAUGCUCUGCGCUGGCUUCCUGGAGGGAGGCACCGACGCCUGCCAGGGCGACUCCGGGGGUCCUCUGGUGUGUGAGGAGGGAGCUGCAGAGCCCCAGCUCACUCUGCGAGGCGUCGUCAGCUGGGGCUCGGGCUGCGGGGACCGCAACAAGCCCGGCGUCUACACUGAUGUGGCCAGCUACCUGACCUGGAUCCGAGAGCACACCGCUUCCUAGCCGGGGUUGAUCUCUCCCGUGCGCCCCUGCGAGGGCAGGGUGGCCCACAGUGACGCCGGUGCCCGGGGGGCAAGGGGCACAGAAACUCAAUAAAGUGCUUUGGAAACGGC